AUGUGCUCGUGGACGUUAUUUAUAUUCCUGAUAGUCGUCACUGUCGUCUCAGAAGCUGCGCAACGCUGCUAUUCCGGAUCGAAGAACAAAUACGAGUCACGGCUGUGCGACACGGGAGUCGCAGGCAAAUACGUAUGUCAGAAAUUCGUCUGUGAAGGAGGAAAAUGUGAGUAUAUCCGGAAUGUCUCGUUUUCUUCUUCGGCAUUCGGAGGUUAUUAUACAGCAUACAUUUACUUCCAUAGAAAAACACAACACAAUACAACAGUAGCUGACGUUUCGGCAGCAUCGCCUUCUUCAGAGCCAGGAAGGGCAUGCUGA